GUCCCCGAGGCCAUUGUCGGCGUUCAGGCCCGAGCGCCCGCUCUGUUACGUCGGAGGCCCCGACCCGCGCGGGAGGGAAUCGGGUCUUGCUUUCGGGCUUUUUAAUCUGUGGAUGGAGGGAAUGUGCCAAGCUUCGAACGACCCAUCACCAGCCCCUUCUCCCCGGCCCUCUGCCCACCCUUACCCCUAACCCUGACCCUGCAUCUCAACCCUCUCAGGUCUAGUGCUGAGGAAGAAGAGGUCUCAGCUGGUCUCCACGGGGACGCGAGGAAGGGCGCUUUCCGGCCCCGUCUCUGUCCAGCGCUCAGCACUGGCUCAGAACUCCCACAACACGGAACCCAGCCCCGAGCCCUCGGCGCACACAGGCUCUCUAUUCGAAUCCUUUCUGUUGAAUAAGUUCUUUGUCGGAAGGUGCAGGCUUCCUGAAUUUGCGCAGGAUGUGUUUGGGGCUUGUCUGGACUUUUCUCGUGCACCCUGUGAUUACUGCUUCCAUUGUUUUCAGAUCACCGCCGCCCAGAAGGGACGGUUACACACCAGCAUUGUAGUCACAAAAGGCAAAUAUCUAUGAUUCCACUUAUAUGAGGAGAAAAAUAAGCAGAUCCUAGUGUUGGGCCUGGAUGGAGCAGGAAAGACCAGCGUUCUCCACUCUCUAGCUUUAAACAGAGUCCAGCACAGUGUGGCACCCACCCACGGUUUCAACGCAGUGUGCAUCAACACUGAAGACAGCCAGAUGGAGUUCCUGGAGAUUGGUGGCAGCGAACCUUUCCGUUCCUACUGGGAAAUGUACCUGUCCAGGGGAUUGCUGCUGGUCUUUGUGGUGGAUUCAGCAGAUCACAACAGAUUACCUGAAGCCAAGGAACACCUUCAUCGACUAAUUGGAACAAACCCAAUCCUUCCUCUGGUUGUGUUUGCAAACAAACAGGAUCUUGAAGCCGCCUAUCGCAUUACAGAUAUCCAUGAAGCUCUGGCAUUAUCUGAGGUGGGAAACGACAGGAAGGUGUUCUUGUUUGGAACCCAAGUGACUGAGAAUGGCUCAGAGAUACCCUCCGCCAUGCAAGAUGCCAGAGACUUAAUUGCACACUUGGCUGCAGACGUGCAGUGACCAAGCCCAGGCCCACUGUGGAGCUCACAAUCCAACUGUCACCAGGGGGUGUUGGUGGCAGCCUAGAAGCCAAAGACUUCCACCUUCAAAUAAAAAAUAAGCCAUUUCCUACUUUCUCAAUGCACAGAAUAUAUACAAAGAUAAUGUUAAUUGAUUAAGAGCAUCUAUUUAUUUAGAUUUUGAACUCGAAAAAUAUUGGUAAAAACAAUGUAUUUGGGGGGAUUUGGGUUUUUAAUCAACAAAAUUAAAGUGAACAUUAGCGAGCAUUCAUCCCAUCUGUAGUUUUUCAAAGGCAUGAGAUUUAUAUUAAAAUAUUUUAAUUUUCUCUUUUCAAGUAAAAA